AAUUAUGGGAGCUAUUUGCUGAACUAAUACUAAUUAUGAAGACAACACAGGCAACCAUUCUGGGAUAAAGCCCAUAGUCAUCGAAACUGAGACAUGGAAAAGAGACUCACAUGGCCUAUUUGAUUAUGAGACUAAUGAUGUUAUCAAGAAAACUCUCAGAUUAGCUGGCACCGCUCAAAUUUAUAGAAAUGUAGACGAUCUUCAAUUUCUAGAGUACUCUUAUUCUCGCAUAUUGAGAAAAGAUAGACUCUUAAGUGAUAACUCUCAGGCUGGUCUGUCCAAAACCGAGCAUAACAUCAAUGAUAUCUGUGAGGAAUCCAAGAUCAUCCCUAAAGAGAUGGUUAAAAUGGCUAAUCCUUCAUUGAUAAAUGAACCUGAUGAUCAAGAAUCCAAUCCUGACCCAAUAGUUCAAAUUUUAUACACUGAAGGACAAUAUUGGAUAUAUCACAAGGCUUUUUAUGACAAGAGAGAUGACUUCAUCUCUCAGCCAGAGAAGGUAAUCUGGUAUUCAGUUAGAGACUUCAGAAAUUCAGCAUCUUCACUCGGCUACAAACUCAAGAAAGGAGAUAUUUUGAAAUUUGGCAGAGCAAGACUCAGAGUCAAAGAGAUAUCGACUGGUGAUAAUGCAUAUGACACCGACACUCGGAUCAAAGGUGAGGACUCUGACUCAGGCUUAUACAUACCUGAAAACUUUUUCGUUGCUGAGGAAGAUUUAUCAGAUGAUCCAUCCUGUAGAAUUUGUUUUAACUCCCAAGAUGAGCUUAACCCUCUCAUUUCACCAUGAAAAUGAUCAGGUUCACUGAAAUAUAUUCAUCAUAAUUGAUUAAAAUAGCUGGCAAGAGAGUAAGAGGACUAUCAAAGUGACUGGUAAAGCAGUUUCAUACCAUUGGAAGAGUCUUGAGUGAGAAUUGUGCAAGACUCCUCUUCCCGAAAUGACAAAGACCCAAUACAGCCUAGUUUCAUACGAUAAACCCUAUUCCAACUACAUGAUUCUAGAGAGCAUAUCUUCUUCUUCAGCAAAAAGCAUCUAUGUUGUAAACCUUGAUCAAGAAAAUAAAACUUUCAAAAUUGGAAGAGGUCAUGAUACUGAUAUCAGAGUGUCUGAUAUUAGUGUUUCAAGGCUCCAUGCCACAAUAGAAGUUACGGAUGAAAAUGAGCUGGUUAUAAAAGACAACAAUUCUAAAUUUGGAACUCUUGUGUGUCUCCAACAUCCUCUUUUACUUUCAGAAUUUGACAUCAUUCAUCUUCAAGCAGGAAGAACAUUAUUAGAAAUACAAAUGAAAGAGAGAAAAGACUGGACUCUUAAAAGCUGUCUUUGGGUCAGACAAAAUAAUAACGAGGAAAACCUAGUCAGAACUGAAAACUACCUGGGCAAAUUUGGCUACACCGACUCCUUCCUGCCAAAAGAGUUCAAAAUAUUUUGGAAAAAUCCUAAAAGUAGAGCCAAUAGUCUGGAAUUUGUGAAAUGACCACGCACUGAUUCUUUUGAGAUGGAAUCUCUCACUAUACGCCAACUUUCUUCACAAGCUAUAGGCCAAUCAUAA